ACAACACUGCCCUUUCAAAGUCCUUCGUUCUUCAACAAAUUAACAUGGUUAGAGAGCAGGUUGUCCCACAGGUUACCGUGGUUAAAGACCAAGUUGGGGUACACAUUAUCCCUGUCAUCGAUGAGCGCCUCGGAUACGCGUCCUCUGCCUCUAAGGCGCACAAGGACAAGGUCGAGAGAUACAACGACCUGCUGGAGGAAAUAUACGAACAUGAGCUAGAACUCGCGAAGAUGAAAUCAGCGCUGGUAGAUAUGCGCAAGGAGAUUGUAGAGGAUGCUCAAAGCUUGGAUGGGGUGGCUGUGGGUGUCAAGGCAGUACAGACCGACGUCAUUGUCAAUGGCGACACUUCCGAUAACGAUAGUAUCGACAAGGAGAAGAAGGAUAGAAAGAGAGGCGGCAGAGGUAAAGCAAUCGUGAAGGGAAAAGGGAAGGAAAAGUCAAAGGUCGCGGGCACGGAGAUGGACGUUGAGUGGGAUUACAACCUGGAGUUGUCGAAUUCUGCCAAGCGUGGCCGUCGCGCUUCAGACGCAUCGGAUUCGGUCGAACCACCAACGAGGAACGCAUUCGUUCUGGGAAGCCACUGAUUGUCGCACUAGAGGAUUCUGAAGCGACGGAAGCAUAAUGGUUGACAGCCAAGAAUGUCAUGGUAGACGUUCAAUGCACACAGAAUGAUGUUGCAACAUGU